CGCAAGUUGCUCCUCUUAUUGGUAGAAUCGCUUCGAGCAUGUGCGCCAGCUCCUAGCCAUCAACGACACCUGUAAAGCUUGACCCAUCACUGCUAAUACUCAACAAACUAUGUCGCAGGCAACGGAGUCAAAUCUCCCCUUUACGUCGCCGCAGCCAAAAGUUGGCGAUCCGCCACUAGGCUGGGAUGACUUCAAGAAGCCAAAAUUGGGUCGAUUUCCAGGAUCAGGCGACGACAUCAGCCUGCAAGCGCAUCUCGGCGGGGGGUUAGAUGGCCUUGUUAUCAAAGCUCGAAUCAAGGGCCAGAAGGACCCCCUCGCCGUCAAGAUCGUAGGUUGGCCCUCCCGAAGGAAUUAAGGAUUGGUGUCACCUCUCCCCCUUCACUGAUGCGCAAUAA